UCGGGGCAGUUCACCGGCCGGGUCCCGCAGUCCUCGCUGCUCCCGCCGUGCAGGGUGCCAUGGCGCAGCCGCCGCCGGACGUGGAGGACGACGCCUGCCUGCCCGAGUACCGCCACCUCUUCUGCCCCGACCUGCUCCGGGACAAAGUGGCGUUUAUCACAGGCGGUGGCUCUGGGAUUGGGUUCCGGAUUGCUGAGAUUUUCAUGAGGCAUGGCUGCCACACAGUCAUCGCCAGCCGGAGCCUGCCCAGAGUGUCUAUGGCUGCCAAGAAGCUGGCUGCUGCCACUGGCCAGCGGUGCCUCCCUCUAUCCAUGGACGUCCGAGCACCCCCAGCUAUCAUGGCUGCUGUGGACCAGGCGCUGAAGGAGUUUGGCAAAAUCGACAUUCUUAUUAACUGUGCAGCUGGGAAUUUCCUGUGCCCUGCCGGUGCGUUGUCCUUCAACGCCUUCAAGACUGUAAUGGACAUCGAUACCAUUGGCACUUUCAACGUGUCCCGCGUGCUCUAUGAGAAGUUCUUGCGGGACCAUGGAGGGGUGAUCGUGAACAUCACUGCAACCUUGGGUAACCGGGGGCAGGUGCUCCAGGUGCACGCGGGCUCAGCCAAGGCAGCCAUGGAUGCAAUGACGCGGCACUUGGCUGUGGAGUGGGGCCCCCAGAACAUCCGUGUCAACAGCCUUGCCCCCGGCCCCAUCAGUGGCACAGAGGGAUUCCGGCGCCUGGGUGGCCCCCAAGCCAGCAUGAAUACAAAGGUCCUGGCGAGCCCCCUGCAGAGGCUGGGGAACAAGACGGAGAUCGCUCACAGCGCACUCUACCUGGCCAGCCCGCUGGCAUCCUACGUGACAGGUGCCGUGCUGGUGGUGGAUGGAGGGGCAUGGCUGACAUUCCCAAACGACAUCACGAGGCUGGCAGAUUUCGAAUCCUUCUCUGCUAAGCUCUAGGCGCUGGAAGGCUGAGGCGGAGGAAGUGUUCGGAAUGGGGAGCUGCCCUGAGCCUGCUCCUGAGCUCUGGGAUGCCUCCUCCCGCCCCACCCCCAGCAGAGCCCAGCACCACAUCUGAGUCCAGCCCUUCCUCCAGGGACUGGGCUGUCUCCACAGUCUCCCGCCCCACAGGCCCACCUCUGGGGCAGGAGCGACCAGGCAGGGAUCCCGGUCCGUGGCCCUGGCCAUGGGAGCAUCUGACAGAGGGCCAGCUGGGAGUGGGGGGACAGCCAAGGUGCUGAGGUGUCCCUGGCUUGCCCAGCUGCAGCCCCUGGCUGGCCUCCUUUCUCCCUGCGUGUGAGCAGUGGGUGUCCUCGGUAGCUCCUGCCUGCCUAAGGUGGAGGGCAUGGGGCACUCUAUGCUCCGUUUUCCCUUCCUCGCUCUUGGCCCUGGGGAAUUUGUGUCCUCAGAGGGAAGUCAAACCAGAGAGGCUGGAGGUAUGCAUCUGAGCCACCACCAGGCCCCGUGUCCUGGGCCCCUUCAUGAGGGUGUGUGGGUGGGGGUUGGGAUCCUCUGGCUGGAUGGGGUACCCUCCACGUCCGCCUCGAGUGAUGUAGGCUGGGGUUGCUCACCGCCUGCCCUGGGACUCGCAUGGUGUCCUCCCCACAGGAGCUUGUCCUCAGUCACUCAGGGCUCACUUUCCAGGCCCUCGGGUGGCUGGUCCCUGUCUCCAGCACCUUCCCUCA